CGGGUUACCCGUCGCUCGCUCCAUCCCUUCCUUCUCUUGUCUUUAAUUCAUCUUUUCUUUUUGCAUUUAUUAAGCGCCGCCUGGGUGCCAGACACUGUAGGAGCCGAGGAAACUGCGGGGGAACAGGAUCCCAGUUUUCAUCAGCUCAUCUUGGAGUGCAGGGUUUUUUCCCCUCGGCACUGUUGACAAUCCGGGCUAGAUCGUUCUUUGUGAGGUUGCCACCCGCAGACCCUAGAUGCCACCUAGAACAUGAGCUUGGGCCAGAACGCCCGCUACAACCGCUUCUCUGGGGGGCCUGCCAACCUUCCCGCCCCAGACGUCACCACUGGGACCAGGAUGGAGACGACCUUCGGACCUGCCUUUUCAGCUGUCACCACCAUCACGAAAGCCGACGGCACCAGCACGUAUAAACAGCACCGCAGGACACCCUCCUCCUCCAGCACCCUCGCCUACUCCCCGCGGGAUGAGGAGGACAGCAUGCCCCCCAUCAGCACGCCGCGCCGCUCUGACUCGGCCAUCUCCAUCCGCUCCCUGCACUCUGAGUCCAGCAUGUCCUUGCGCUCCACGUUCUCGCUGCCUGAGGAGGAGGAGGAGCCGGAACCGCUGGUGUUUGCCGAGCAGCCGUCGGUGAAGCUGUGCUGCCAGCUGUGCUGCUGCGUGUUCAAGGACCCCGUGAUCACCACGUGUGGGCACACUUUCUGUAGAAGAUGCGCCCUCAAGUCAGAGAAGUGCCCCGUGGACAGCGCCAAGCUGACGGUGGUGGUGAACAACAUCGCCGUGGCCGAGCAGGUCGGGGAGCUCUUCAUCCACUGUAGGCAUGGCUGCCGGGUGGCGGGCAGCGGGAAGCCUAGUGCCUUCGAGGUGGACCCCCGCGGCUGCCCCUUCACCAUCAAGCUCAGUGCCCGGAAGGACCACGAGGGCAACUGUGAGUACCGGCCUGUGCGGUGCCCCAACAACCCCAACUGCCCGCCUCUCCUCAGGAUGGACCUGGGGGCCCACCUCAAGGAGUGUGAGCACAUCAAGUGUCCCCACUCCAAGUACGGGUGCACGUUCAUCGGGAACCAGGACACGUACGAGACGCACCUGGAGACGUGCCGUUUCGAGGGCCUGAAGGAGUUCCUGCAGCAGACAGACGACCGCUUCCACGAGAUGCAAGUGGCUCUGGCCCAGAAGGACCAGGAGAUCGCCUUUCUGCGCUCCAUGCUGGGCAAGCUCUCCGAGAAGAUUGAUCAGCUAGAGAAGAGCCUGGAGCUCAAGUUCGAUGUCCUGGACGAGAACCAGAGCAAGCUCAGCGAGGACCUCAUGGAGUUCCGGCGUGACGCCUCCAUGCUGAACGACGAGCUGUCCCACAUCAACGCACGGCUGAACAUGGGCAUCCUGGGAUCCUACGACCCUCAGCAGAUCUUCAAGUGCAAGGGGACCUUUGUGGGGCACCAGGGUCCCGUCUGGUGUCUCUGCGUCUACUCCACGGGUGACUUGCUUUUCAGCGGCUCCUCGGACAAGACCAUCAAGGUGUGGGACACGUGUACCACCUACAAGUGCCAGAAGACGCUGGAGGGCCACGAUGGCAUUGUGCUGGCGCUCUGCAUCCAGGGGUGCAGGCUGUACAGCGGCUCUGCGGACUGCACCAUCAUCGUGUGGGACAUCCAGAACCUGCAGAAGGUGAACACCAUCCGGGCCCACGACAACCCAGUGUGCACGCUGGUCUCCUCACACAACAUGCUCUUCAGUGGCUCCCUGAAGGCCAUCAAGGUCUGGGACAUCGUGGGUACCGAGCUGAAGUUGAAGAAGGAGCUCACGGGCCUGAACCACUGGGUGCGGGCCCUGGUGGCCGCCCAGAGCUACCUGUACAGCGGCUCCUAUCAGACAAUCAAGAUCUGGGACAUCCGCACGCUGGACUGCAUCCACGUGCUGCAGACGUCAGGUGGCAGCGUCUACUCAAUCGCCGUGACGAGCCAUCACAUUGUCUGUGGCACCUAUGAGAACCUCAUCCACGUGUGGGACAUCGAAUCCAAGGAGCAGGUGCGGACCCUGACGGGCCACGUGGGCACCGUGUACGCCCUGGCGGUCAUCUCGACACCAGACCAGACCAAAGUCUUCAGUGCAUCCUAUGACCGGUCCCUCAGGGUCUGGAGCAUGGACAACAUGAUCUGCACGCAGACCUUGCUGCGGCACCAGGGCAGCGUGACUGCGCUGGCCGUGUCCCGGGGCCGGCUCUUCUCAGGUGCCGUGGACAGCACCGUGAAGGUGUGGACCUGCUAAUGGAGAGCCUCCUCUGGGCCUGUCUGAGCCAGCUGGCUGCCUGGGGGGCCGGGGGGGCGGGGGGGGGCAGGCUGGCAGUACCCUCCCGGCCCAUGCUUGGUGGCGUCUGCGCCGCUGCCAGGAGAAUGCCCAGCACUCUCCCCUGGGCGCCAGGUACGACACUCGGCCGGCCCAGCCUGCUCCUUCCCCGUGACGGACUGCAGGCCUUUUUACUCACAUUUUCUACUGUUUUUAGACUGUACAUACAUUUGAUUACUUCCAGACAGAAAUAAACGCUGCGCAGACUGUG